UGAAACGUGGGAACAUCGUCGCCAUCGUCCGCGGGUGCGCCACGCGGUUCACGCGGCGUACCUCGUCGUCGUCGUCUCCGCGCGGUCGUCUCUUACGAAACAAGUGUGGUGCCGCGGAUUUUUCCUUUUUUUUUUUUUAUCUUUUUACACUUCGUCUUUACUGUUGUUGUUGUUACAAGUGAAUGUGAUAAAUCCGAAAUCACGAUGCCGUACUACGGUGACAGCGGCCUGCCCUACACGAGCAGCAGCUACUACUCGAUCGGCGGCUCGGCGGCAGGAGGCAGCAGCUCGUUUGCCAAUCACAGCUCGUUAAUGACGGGUGUCAGUCGUUACCACAAUCCGAUCGCCGCGCGUUACUCGCCGCACCUGUCGACGAUCUCCGAGUCGCCGAUCGUCGUGCUGCGUCGCUAUGGCCAGUCGGCCUCCACGACGGGCAGCACCAGUUCGUUCGUCCGGCCGAUCAGGCGCACCAUCGACACGGCGGACAUCGACGUCACCAAACCACCGUCUUCGUUGCGCAGCCAUCAUCAUCAUGCUGCGUCGUCGUCGUCGGCACAGGAUCGCCAGCAGAGGCAUCGACUGCGUCGCGACCGGCCGACCAUCAAGAUACGCUCGCAGGCGCUCAAGGACAAUCCGGCGCUCAGGGAGUACAACGAGCGACACGAAAAGACCGUGGGCGAGCUGCUGGUCGAGAAAUUCUUGAUCAAGGACAAGCAGCAGCCCGACGAGCCCAAGAUCAGGCUGUAUCAUCAGGCGAGCCUCGGGCUGACGUCUCCGAGCUCCGUCAAAGACGACGAGGAUGACAACGACGACGACGACAUCCUGGCCGCGAUGAGGCGGCGCGUCACCCGUCGCAUGACCCGACGUCGCUCCUCGGCCGACGUGCAGCCCCUCGACCCGGAGCAGAUCGAGCGCGAGGCUCGGCUGCACGCGGCCCAGGCCGUGGCGCUGGACACUCUGGUGGCCGAGGAGCAGGCCGAGAUCGAGAGCGAGGUCAGACGGGGCACCUUCGUGAAGAAGCACGCCAUGAAGCUGCCCGGUACAGGCUCGGACGUGUCGGGUACCGAGGAGGAGCUCAGCGUCGGCCACGACCACCAGGUGGCGAAAGAGGAAACGAGGACGGCGACGCGACACGGCACCGCCAAGAAGAAGAAACGAAGGAAAAGCAUCGAGCCGGUGCCGGUGGAGAGCGAGGCCGAGGACGAUCAGCUGAUCGAGAUCGAGAUACCCGAGCCUGUGAUGGAGGUCGAGGAGGAGAUGGAGUACGACGACCGGGAGAAGUGCGACGAUCUGCGACUGAUCAUCGAUAACAAGAUCGACGAGGCGAAGAAGGAAGUUUCGAAGAAGAUUGUCGUGGAGAAGAAGGAGGAACCGAAGGCGAAGAAAAUCAAAUCGAAAGAUGCCAAAGUGGAUAAAAUCAAGAUCGCGGAUAAGAAGAAAGCGAUCGUCAAAGUUCAGAAGGAGCAGCCCGAGACCAAGACUAAGACGACGAUCGAAAAAGCUCAAGAUGCAACGAAGAGCAUCGACGACGACGACAAGAAUGAAAUCGAAAAAGAAUCCGAAACCAUUGUCGAGGAUAAAAAGCCGACGAGAUUUGCCGCCAGGGACAAGACCAGGAUCGAGCUGAAACGAGCCCAGUCGGCGCCGAACGAGUCCACUACCCCCGCAACGCCAACGAGCACGAGCGGUGGCAACUUCAAAAUCGAGGCCUGCAACAGCGUGGGCGACUUCUCGACCCUCUACGUGACGACGAGCGCCGCCGCCGAGCCGUCCGUCGUCAAGACCUUCGAGCAGUUUCGCGAGAGCGUGAGACUUCCAGCGCCGAGGCGUCAGGAGGUCGCGGCUGCCACCGUAGCCGCCGAGGUGUCGCUGCCGAUGCGUCAACAAAAAAAGCAGCAGCAGCAACAACAGCAGCAGCAGCACGUCGAUUCGUCGAGACGAAACAGUGUUUACUUGACGCUGAAUACAAGCCAGAAUGCAGUGGUAACAGAAGCAGCAGCAGUCACAGCAGCAUGUCAGGGACGCAUUGGCGCCGAUGACGGGCUAUCAAUUAAUAUCGACGAAUCGAGGAAGGAAAGCAGCGGGAGCUGCGUCGCUACUGCUGUUGCAGAGUCAAGGCCUGCCAAGAUAGAAAGCUCCGUCGCUACUAGUGGGGAUGAUCGUCAUAAUCGACAGCUAGACAGGACGAGUCGACUAGACGACGUAGUAGUAGCGCCCGCCGAGCGGCCAUUGAACGUCGUCGCAGACGUUACCGACGACGCGUUUAUCAUCAGCAAGAACAGUAGUGAUACGAGUAGCGCGGGUGUUGGUGGUGCGGGUCAGAGAGGCGGCGCCGACGAGUUCGUGCAGUGGUGGGACGAGACGGACGAUGCUGCCCAUCAGCAUCGUCAUCAUCCAGAAGACAAGAGAAGCGUGACGAAAGUGACCAAGGCUCGAGAUGAGCCGAGAAAGAUUAGCGACGAACUCGUUGUGAAAUCGGCAGUGGCGGCUGCAGCUGCACCGCUCGAAGAAACCAAAGUUCAGAAGCCUCGAGAGGUAGCAGCGAAAAAAGUAGAGAAAGAGGCCACGCCGCCUCCAGCGAAGCGCGAAGCUAAUAAAGCGGAAGAGGUAGCUGUCAAAGACUUACCGAUCAAGCAGAAAUCGGCAGCAGUGGUAGAGGAGAAGAAGCUGGUCAAGAAGAAGUCGUCGCCGGAAAAGGAUAUUGCGGUCAAAGAGUCGAAAGAUAAAUCGGAAACCGAAGGUGCACCUUUCACGAAGAGCAAGAGUCCGGAGAAGAAGGUAGUCAAGAAAAAGACGUCGCCUGAAAAGGAGCUCUCAGCGAAAGAUAAGUUGACCGUUCCGAUAUCCGAAUCGGAUACUUCGAGAAGUAAGAGUCCGGAGAAAAAAUUAGUCAAGAGUAAAUCGUCACCCGAGCAGAAUAUCUCGGCUAAGGAAUCGAGAGAAAAAUCACCCGCGCCGACGAAGCAAACGUCGGAAAUCGAAGCCGUACCUUUCAAAAAGAGCAAGAGUCCGGAGAAAAAGUUAAUUAAGAGUAAAUCGUCACCCGAAAAGGAUAUCUCAAUCAAAGACUCGAAAGAAAAGUCAGAAACCGAAGCUGCCGACCCUUUCACGAAAAGCAAGAGUCCGGAGAAAAAAUUGGUGAAGAAAAAGACGUCUCCCGAGAAGGAGCUUUCAUCCAAAGACUCGAAAGAAAAGUUGACCGUACCGAUACCCGAAUCGGAAUCUUCGAGAAGUAAGAGUCCGGUGAAAAAAUUAGCCGUCGAUAAGGCUCCUGAAAAAGUUAAGGAAAAGUCGCCGGCACCUGAAGUGAAAAAACCAUUGGAAGCUGUGCCUUUCGUUAAAAGUACGAGUCCGGAGAAAAAAGUCGUGGAAAAAGAAGCGUCACCCAAACGGGAAAUUCCGUCGAAAGAAAAAUCUCCCGUACCCGAAAAACCAAAAGAGGCAGCGGUUGAAAUUACGAGUAAGUCGAAACCGAUCGCAGAAGAAGUAAAAGUCCCGGAAAACAAAUCGACUCCCCUCAAGAAAGAAACCCCCAAUAACAAGGUGACGAAUAAAAAGCUCGAGCCCAGCAAGCCGGAAAAGAAGCAGCUGCAACCGCAGCAACAGACGAAGAUCAAGUGCGACUUGCCGCGGAUCGAUCAUCGCUAUCUCGCGGACAUACCCGAGGAGCCGAAAUCGGCCUCGCCCACGGACAAGCCAGCGCCGCGAUCGUUUACCGAUUUCGCGCCCGCGAAGGGCGGCAAGAGGCGAGUCGACACAGCGGCGGUGAUCGAGAUCGAGAAGCGCAUCAGGCAAGACUCGGACUCGGCGGACAAGAUCGUGACCGGCGCGGCGGUCGUCUUGAUGCCCGCCGCCGAGCCGACGAAAAAAGUCGACGCCGAUAAUAAUAAAGAGGACGGCAAGAAAGUAGGCUCCAGCGCCGUCAACAAGUCAACGGGCGCGCCGCCGGAAAUAGACUUCUGGAGCGAGAUUAAAAUUCCGAGCGAGAAAGUUUGCGAAACAACGACGACGGAGACGGAGACGAGUGCAGUCGAGAGUUCGGUUCAGUCGCUCGAGCGCGAAGAGCAACCGCAGCCGCUGCAGCAGCAAGACGACGCGAGCAUAUCCAGCGAGGAGGUUGUUCGCAAGGACAGUCAGCCGUCGCAGAGCGGCACAGUGAAAAAGAUCUCCAAGUGGACGAACCAGGACAAUCUGAACAAUGCCGACGACGAGUUGACCCCGAUCAAUUCCAAGGAGGUGAGUCCGCGAGUGUCCACUGCUUCGGUAGCCUCGACCACCGCUGCCAGUAGCACCACCACCAAGAAGAAGAUCGUCAAGCGGAAAAAGUCCGGCACGACCGGCACCAAGAAGAAGUCCGACAAAGCCGAGGCGGGCAGCGGCGGCUCGAAGGUAGGCACGAAGAAAACCGGCACGAAAAAGACGUCGGCGGCCCUGAAGAAGGCAACGAGCUCGGCGAUGUCGCAGGAGUCGGGCAGAAACUCGCCCAGCGCCCCGCGGCCCUCGGAUCUCUCGAAGCUGCUCUAUCAGACGCCGGCCAUACUGCUGACGGCGACGCCGCGCGAUCUGCGCAAGGUGCGCCGCGCCAAGGUGAAGAGGAAGAAGCCGCCGUCGAGGACGCCCUCGUUGAGCAGCGACAGCACGGGCAGCACGAGGAGCACGGCGACGGGCAACACGACGAGCACCGAGGAGGGCAGCAGCAACGAGGACGGCUUGGAGGGACACAAGAGGCUCGCCUCGACCAGGAGCAACGACUCGGGCUUCGACGGAUCGCCGAGACUCUCCACUCCUUCCCAAUCCUCGGACAAUCACAAGAACGCCGACGGCGACGCCUACCAUCCCAGCGGGCGGAUAACGCCGCCGGCCACGAACCUGCCCAGAUUCAAGAAGUACGAGGUCACGGACUUUAAUUUCCUCAAGGUCCUGGGCAAGGGCAGCUUCGGCAAGGUGCUGCUGGCCGAGCUGCGCGGCACCGAGUGCGUCUACGCGGUCAAGUGCCUCAAGAAGGACGUCGUGCUCGAGGACGACGACGUCGAGUGCACCCUCAUCGAGCGCAAAGUCCUCACGCUGGCCACACGCCAUCCCUAUCUCUGCCAUCUGUUCUGCACGUUCCAGACGACCUCGCAUCUGUUCUUCGUGAUGGAGUACCUGAACGGCGGCGAUCUCAUGUUUCACAUACAGAACAGCGGCCGGUUCAGCGAGGCGCGCGCCAAGUUCUACGCCGCGGAGAUCUGGUCGGGCCUGAUAUUUCUCCACAAGAAGGGCAUCGUCUAUCGAGAUCUGAAGCUGGACAACGUGCUGCUGGAUUACGAGGGCCACAUACGCAUCGCCGACUUCGGCAUGUGCAAGCUGCAGAUAUUCCUGGACAGGACGGCCGACACGUUUUGCGGCACGCCCGAUUACAUGGCACCGGAGAUCAUCAAGGGCCUGAAGUACAAUCAGGCCGUGGACUGGUGGUCGUUCGGCGUCCUUCUCUACGAGAUGCUGACCGGUCAGUCGCCCUUCUCGGGCUGCGACGAGGACGAGCUCUUCUGGAGCAUCUGCAACGAGCGGCCCUUCAUUCCGCGCUACCUCAGCCAGAGCGCCACAGAUCUGCUCGUCUGCCUGUUGGAAAAGGACGCGGGCAGACGCAUACCCGGCCACGAGAUCGCCUGUCACUCGUUCUUCUGCACGAUCGCCUGGGACAAGCUGGAGCGGCGCACCCUGGAGCCGCCGUUCAAGCCCGCGGUGGAGCACACCCUCGACACGCGAUACUUCGACACGGCCUUCACCGCCGAGCGGCCGAGGCUGACGCUCGUGCCCGAGCAGAUACUCACCUCGAUGGACCAGAACGUGUUCCGGGGCUUCUCCUACACGAAUCCCAACGCCACCGAUUGAAGCGCGCUUAAUGAUAAUUGAUACGUGACGACAAAAAAAUAUUGAUUUUAUAUACGUGACACUGACAGCGGUACGAGCAAUAAAUGAGCAAUGACGUUUCGAUGCGACCGAACUUCGAAAGAGAGAAAGAGAGAAGAAAAAAGUUAGGAAGAGGUCGUAGCCGUCGUCGUCGUCGUAAUUCACACGAGCGCCAUGUGCUCUGGCCUUUUUUUCUCUUACUCUUACUCCGUAUCUCUCGUUAAUGUGUCGCUGUUACUGCUGCUGCUGCUGCUGCUGCUAGAUGUCAAGAGGGCACUGACACGCGAGUGAAGUGGAUCAUUGCAAGCUCGAGCGAGCACACACAAUAUAGCAUAUUCAAAUUUUCGAGAAUCGAGCGGUGGCCGGCUUGUACAUAAUGUAACUCGUGCGUUAAAGCCGGCAAGGAAGAGGCGUGUCCAAAGUGUUUGACGGCUGGAAUGUACCCACGUGUUUCUUCGAACAAAAUUGACUUUUUGUACCGUGAUUUUGGACGCGAUAUCGAUGACUCUCUCGUUUUCUCAUUUCAAAUGACCUGCAUUUAUGCAAAUCGCAAGAAUAUGGUAAAAUUAAUCGUCGAUUAAAGAUCGUCACCUAUACGGAGCAUCGCUCGAACACUUUGGAGUCUUUGCGCACGAGCGCGCGAGAGAGAAGAGAGCAAGGAUUCUCGCUAUGCAUACUCUUUUUUUUCUCACGAACCUUUUGUAAAUAAUGAGGAAAAAAAAUUGAAUGAAAAGAAAAAAAUAUACUUAUAAAUGUUAGUUUGUAUUUGUCGAGAUAAUAUUACGUAUACGCUAAAUGUUUUUUUUUUGAAAUACGAUUAUUUCACUUUAUAAAUAUAAUUAUUAUUAUUAUCAUUGAAUACAGAGAUAUCACUAUAUGCAAUACAAAUGAGAAAAUGGAUAGAGAAUUGCGAUUUCUUUUUUUUUCGUCCGUAUUAUAAAUAUAUAUUCGUUAUUGUAUAUUUUUUUUAGUCUACGAUCGUUGACU